UGGUUCUGGUCUGUAGUGAGGUGGGUGGGGUUUCUGCCGGGUGGGGUCUCUGCCUCCACUGCUACUUGUCCUCCUCCGGUUGACUCGUCCAGCAGCUCAUUCCACCGGUGAACCGAGCAGAGCGCGCUCCCGCCGUCCUCAACGCAUCCUCCCGGCACGGAGACUAUCAGGUCCUGGAUAAACUACAUCAGACCUAGACCCCCCAACCCCCCUCUCUCUGUCUUAACCCGGGACAUAUUGAGCAGCAGCUGGCCCUGGGUCGCCUGUCUUACCUGUCCCAUCCGGUCCUCGGAGCGUCGUGUCCGGCCAGCAGCGUGCCCAGCUCCCUCCUCUCAGUCUGAUCCAGGUCUGGCUCCAGAGUCUGUUAGAUCGCCAUCAACAGGAUGAAGAUCAUCAUUCUGCUGACCCUGGCCGUCCUCGCCACCGCCAGGCCUAAAGCAGGUCCAGAGCAGAAGUGUAAGUCUGGUCCGGUGGAUCUGGUCUUCCUCAUCGACAGCUCCCGCAGCGUCAGGCCACACGAGUUUGAGACCAUGAGGAAGUUCAUGAUUGACAUCCUGAGCACGCUGGACAUCGGACUCAACGCCACCAGAGUGGGCGUGGUCCAGUACUCCAGCCAGGUCCGUAGUGAGUUCUCUCUGAAGGCCCACGCUAAACUGGACGCCAUGGUGAAAGGCAUCAAUCAGAUCAUCCCCCUCGCUCAGGGUACAAUGACGGGACUUGCCAUCAGAUACGUGAUGAACGCAGCGUUUAUCGCCGAGGAGGGCGACAGGCCGAAGGUCCCCAACGUGGUCGUCAUCGUGACGGACGGACGUCCUCAGGACCGCGUGGCGGAGGUGGCGGCGGAGGCCCGAGAGAGAGGCAUUGAGAUCUACGCUGUAGGCGUGGCCAGAGCCGACAUGGCAUCGUUGAGGGCCAUGGCGUCCCCGCCAUUCGAAGACCACGUCUUCCUGGUGGAGUCCUUCGACCUCAUUCACCAGUUUGGACUGCAGUUCCAGGACAAGCUCUGUGGUGUGGAUCUGUGCCUGGAGUCCGACCACGGCUGUGAGCACAUCUGUGAGAGCUCGCCGGGCUCCUACCACUGCCUCUGUCUGCCUGGAUAUACCCUGAACCACGACGGCAAAACAUGUGCAGCCAUAGAUCUGUGUGCUGAAGGGAAACACGACUGUGAGCAGGUCUGCGUCAGCUCACCUGGUUCUUUCACCUGCGACUGCAACAAAGGAUUCAAACUGAACGAGGACAAGAAGACCUGCUCAAUGAUCGACUACUGUUCGUUCGGGAACCACAGUUGUGAUCAUGAGUGUGUGAGUGUGCUCAAUGGCUAUCACUGCCGCUGUAACCACGGAUACAGGCUGCUGGACGACGGCAAGACCUGCAAGGCCGUUGACCUGUGUGCUGAGGGGAAACAUGACUGUGAACAGAUCUGCGUCAGCACGCCCGGCGUCUUCACCUGCGACUGCAACGAAGGAUUCACACUGAACGAAGACAAGAAGACCUGCACACCCAUCGACCUGUGUGCUGAGGGAAAGCAUGACUGUGAACAGAUCUGUAUCAGCGCUCCGGGCGUCUUCACCUGUGACUGCAACAAAGGAUUCAAACUCAACAAAGACAAAAAGACCUGCACCAACAUGGACCUGUGUAACACGGUGGAGCACGGCUGUGAGCACCAGUGUGUGAGCACUCCAGGAUCGUACUACUGCAUCUGUCCAGAUGGACAACUGCUGCAGGAGGACGGCAAGAGCUGCGGCACCUGCAAGUCUGCCAACAUCGACCUUGUGCUUCUGAUCGAUGGCUCCAAGAGCGUCCGACCACAAAACUUUGAGCUGGUCAAAAAGUUUGUUAACCAGGUCGUGGACUCUCUGGACGUGUCUGCUCACGGCACCAGAGUGGGUCUGGUUCAGUACUCCAGCCGGGUCCGGACCGAGUUCCCUCUCAACAUGUACCACACUGCUGAUGACAUCAAAGCUGCAGUCAUGAAGGUGAACUACAUGGAGAAAGGCACUAUGACCGGUCUGGCCCUGAAACACAUGCUGGAGAACAGCUUCUCAGAGGCAGAGGGCGCACGUCCUUCCAGCCGCAACAUCCCCCGAAUCGGACUGGUGUUCACAGACGGACGCUCACAGGACGACAUCACGGAGUACGCCAAGAUGACCAAAGAAGCCGGUAUCACCAUGUACGCGGUGGGUGUCGGAAAAGCUGUGGAGGACGAGCUUCGUGUGAUUGCAUCUGAGCCUGUGGAGAAACAUUUCUAUUACACCACCGACUUCAGCGCCAUCAGCACCAUCGCUGAGAACCUCAAACUCAACAUCUGCCCAGAGGAGAGUCAGGGGGAGAUUGAGGUGAAGGACCCGUGUGCCUGUGAGAGUCUGGUGGAGUUCCAGCAGGCCACCAUGAGCAGCCUGGAGCAGCUCACAACCAAACUGACUGGGAUGACGGCUCGUCUGGAGCAGCUGGAGAACCAGCUUCUCUCCAGGAAGUGAUCUGAUCUGCAUCCCAGUGAGCCGACGGGACGCCACGGAGGAAGAAUAACAGAUUGAGGAAGAGGAGGGCUCAUCAGAAACCCCUUCCAACCAACAGACAAAAAACCUUUGUGUGUCUUUUCACACCGAGCCUUUGUAGCCUUCGGUCGGCCUGCUGCUCUUCACGCUGACAAGGACGGCAUUUAUCAGAAAGCUCGUGGUAUAGAAUCAGAUUUGUGGUAUAGGGAAUGGGAAUGGGACGUCACCGACAGCGGGUCGGACAUUUUUUGGAGGAUAAAGGGUGAGAGCGCCAUCCGCUGGCUGUUUACUGCAAGUAUCAAUAGAUAACACAAAACACUGCACAGAGAAUAAGAUUCAAAAGCUGAAUUGUGGUAUAUA